UUCGCUACAUCUUGCUGUCCGCUUUGGCAGAGUGGAGGCAGUCCACUGGCUGCUGAUUUACAGAGAUAUAGCAGAAGUGGAAACAAAAUGUGGUGCUCUGCCUGUUCACUAUGCUGCAUCAAAAGGUGACCUCACCUGCCUGAAGCUACUCGUUGGUCAAGCUCCAGGGUGUGUUAAUCGACAGACUAACAUGGGCGCUACACCUCUGUAUCUGGCCUGCCAGGAAGGACAUCUAAAUGUAGCAGAGUACUUGGUGAAAGACUGUGGAGCUGAUGUGCAUCUAAAAGCCCAAGAUGGAAUGAUGCCACUGCAUGCCGCGGCUCAUAUGGGCCACUAUGCAUUGGUAGUAUGGCUUGCAAAGUUCACAGACAUUAGUCUGUCCAGUCAAGAUAAUGAAGGGACGACCGCUUUGCAGUUUGCUGCUAGUGGGGGGAACCAUCAGAUCUUGGGGUGCUUGUUGCAGAUGGGAUCAGAGGUCAAGAAGGAUUAUUGGGGUGGCACUCCUUUGCACGAUGCAGCAGAAAAUGGAGAGAUAGAGGUAGGCCUAGGAGUGUUGCCGAAUUCUCCUGAGUCACAAGAUAAGCCCAAAAGAGAGGGCUGUAGAUGGCUUUACUGCUGCAGAUCUGGCUGAAUACAAUGGCUGCUUUGAUUGUGCCCAGUAUCUUCGCUCUGUGGAAAGAAAUGUAAGAUUUUCUUGUAUGCAUGCAGAAGAUAAAUGACAACAAUCUAACUGGUUAAUGUCAGUUUUUAAAUUCUAGGUAACUUUCUAGUGCAGAAUUAUAUGGACAUGUGGUGAAAUGGGCAUCACUUGGCAUGUAUUGCUGAUCAAAUC